UUUUUUUUUAAACUACAUUGUUAUUUUUUUUUUCUUCUUCUUUCUUUUUAACCUUCAUAUCCAUUUUACAUAAAUAUAUAUAUAAUACACACCAACAAUGGGAAGAUUAGCAAAAGCAAGAAAACAUCGUGGAAUUCGUGAUGUUUCUAGGAAAUAUAGAACUCGAAACUAUACAAGAGAUCUUGAUCAGAUUCAUGAUGAUAUUAAACCAGAAAAUGCCAUCAAAUUAAAGAAUCAAGAAAUAGAUACUGAUAAACCUGGUUUAGGACAACAUUACUGUGUGGAAUGCGCUCGUCAUUUUAUCAAUCAAGAUGCAUUAGAUAUUCACUACCGUGGGAAGACGCAUAAACGAAGGGUAAAGAAACUCCAAGAAGAACCUUAUACACAAGCAGAGGCAGAUGCAGCGGCUGGUUUAGGGAAAACAGAUAAUGGCAAACGUGGUGGAAGAACACUUUUGACAGAUGAUGUGACAAUGGAAGAACUUUAGAACCAUUAGAUAUAUCAUUAAAUAUUCAUUAGAUACUCAUUAGGUAUUAUUAUUAUAUAUAUACACAUCAUUCAUUUUACUUCAUCAUUUUGAUUAUCAUUUUACUUUUUUUUUUUUUAUUCAUUUCUUUCUUUGCUUUUUUUCUUUUUUUUCUUUUAUUUAUGCAUAUACAUAUAUAUAUAUAUUCUUCUUCGACAAUAAUAAAAUAUUUGUUUUGUUUGGAUGAUCCUUUUUUUUUGAUUUUGAUUUUGGACACAUGGCUUUCCCCUAUUUGUCCCAAAC